UCCACGCAGUAUUUGAAAUGCAAUCGAUUGGGAAAUCGAAAGAAGGCAGAAUAAAACGUUAAUAGUGUUUUGUAAAUUGUAAAUAACAUUUCAAACUGUAAUUUAAGUGAGUGUAUAUUGUGUCUGGGUUUUUUUUCCAAACAAUAUGGAAGUUGACACAAUUGAGUCGUUGUCGAUUAAACUGUGCACAGUGUUGGAGGAUAUUGGAGUGACUGAAGAACUGAUCAACUUCAGAAGAUAUGUUUUCACCUUGCGCAAUGUUCUCUGUACACAUCUUAAUCAUGUCCACGGUAUAGGACACAUAUUCGGUAGUCAAGUGGAGGGAUCUACUACAUUCGGCAUGCAUUCGGACACUGACUGCGUUAUUUACAUAGACACACUGAGUGCAUAUACAGACCUAUCGGAUUGCCAACCAUCCAAGGUUCCAUUUCUUGCGAUAACAACCACAAUGUCGUGUCCACAAUGUUACAGUCUACAGCAUGUUAUGCAACUUUCAGACAAUACACUUUUCCCUGCCCGUGAAGGAGUAAUUGAUUGUUCAACAAAUGCGUUUACUAGUUUCUGGGAUAAGUUUAUGCUAGACGAAGAAAGCCGGGUAUUGCUUUUAAACAAUUUUUUCUUCAAGGCAGAUUGGUUUCAAGGGUUUUCUUCGAUGAUGAAGGAAUUCGAACAACACGGACCGGCGCACAGUUGGAAGGACAUACUGGACAGCGUGUUUGCUAUACAUUGUCCAACAAUUCCAAAAGAGUGCCAGGCUUUGUUCUUUAGACCAAAUCCCGGUCAUUGGCCGAAACAGGUCACAUUAGCAAAGGCUAAACAGUGCGGAGUUUAUUUUAUGUACCCGGGAAAUAUCGGACACACAUUUUCGUUCGACGCCGAACGUAAAAUGUUUGUUAUGAAUGUUCAUUAUCAACGUGACAUCGCAUCACGUCAAUGGAGAAUGUCUACAAACAAGUUAGAACUUUUACUGAUGUGUGAUCUUAACAUUGUACAAAUGAAGGCAUAUAUUCUCACGAAAAUGAUACGUAAACAAUUCUUAAAACCUAUCGUAGGCGAUCAACUGAGUACCUUUCAUAUGAAAACAGCUCUGCUUUUCACCGUCGGAAACUACCCAAUGGAAGUAUGGACAAAUGAAAACCUUGUGCAGUGUAUACACUUUUGUUUAAAAACGCUCAGACGUUUUCUGCAAAGACGAUAUUGUCCCCAUUAUUCAAUCGCCAGUGUUAAUUUGUUUGCGGGGAAACUAAAAGUCAGUGAAUUUUCACUUUUGAUUCAAGAACUGACAAACAUACUUAACUCUGGUUUGCAAUGUGUGUACAUGUUAAGCGCAGAUUGUUUGGGUGAAAGAUUAAAAUCGUUUCAAGCGACACCAACUACUACACUUAUGUCAAAAGAAUAUUAUUAUCUAUUGACGCUGUCACGAUUGGUUAUUAUGGUUAUGGGUAAGCAAGGAAAUUUCGUUGCGCCUGCACUUUUUCGUACGACCCAAGAGUUCGCAACACUGAUGAAACAGUUCGCACAAAACUUGAAAAAAGCGAUUUCACAGCAGAAAGAUUACACGUUUGAACUUGAAUUCGCCUUUCAAAACAUAAGCAACACAUUAGCUACCUUAGAAGCGUCUGCCCACAUUUCUGAUAAGAAACCCAUCACAGACGACAUAUACGAAAUGUACAACACUUCCGUAAGGUCUGGACAAGUCUCUAAUUAUUUAAAAUAUGCAUCAAUGCUUGUUUGCAUAAAUGAUUAUGACCGAGCUGUCACUUUCCUGAAGGAUAUCGAGAGCAUGAUUACACCAGAUAUGGUUCAAUUCUCAAUGAUACAAAACGGGCACUUUUUUGAACGAAUGAUGGCAGGAGCACACACAAGUCUUACGCCAAACAAAAUGUUCCAAAUGUUUGCGACAAAUAUUAUGAUGGAUGUUAUAUUUACAAGGCAUGAAAUUAAUUGUGCUCCUAGUCAUUUAAUAUAUGAAAUGUACGGGAGAUUUAUUUCAGUUGAUGACAGGUCACCACACAAUCUUCCAAACUUUAUGCAAUUUGCACUCAUUGACGCCAAACCGUUCCUAUACUACCUUAAGUACCUUGCACAUAGAGACGCUGAAGGUAAACAUGCGGCAUUAGAUCAACUUAAUAAUUAUUUCAUCUCGUUGCGAGGUGUUCCAUAUGUGGGUCAAAUAGAGACGGCUUUAAAUUUGAUGGGACAUAUUAUGGAAUUGGAAAACCAUGCAUCAGUGGCUUGGGAAGCCUAUGUUUCCUCAGUAAAAUUGGCACCUUGCAACAACGCAGCUUACUGGCAUAUGUGCCGGUUGAUCAGUGAACAUGUGGCUGAUAAUUCACAGCAUGAACGGAUGUAGUUAAUCCUUCCUUGUACAAACUGGCUAACAAAAGAGGACAUUACACUAGCUCUUCUGAUCCACCCCUUAACAGAAAUGGCGGAUUCCUAGGUGAUAAAAUGAAACAACAAACUUGAUUGUGGCAGUUGGAUUUUAUAUUUAAGGCCAUAAAUUUAUUGGCGUCGCACUGGAGUGCGGCGACAAGUAUGUAAUGCAUUUUUUUUUCGCUUAUGGGAGGAGAAGUUAUUAUACGGAUCAAUGUAUAUAUUUUUGUUUAAAGAAUAUCUUGUAUAGUGGUGAUUUUUUGUGUACAUAAGUGUAAAUAAGUACUGCAUAUGUGUCUAUAACAUUUAUUACAACAUUUAUUGCCAAUAAUGCAAAACUAAUUGUUUUAAUUAAUAACUGAUCACAGGAAAAAGAUCAGAUCACAGGGACUGGGCAAAUACGCGAAACUUUCUGGUUUUGUAUAAAAACAAAACAUAAUCAAAAUAUAUUUAUUUUGUGGUUUUUCUAACAAUAGCGCAGACUUUUGCUGUUCGAGUUUUGGUUAACGCGUAUUUUCUUCAAUUUUACAAGACGACAGCGAUUACACGGUUUAUUGCUUUAUUGAUAACCGUUACACUACAGUCACUUAUUAAUAUCUUAGUUAGAAGGUGAUUUUUCAAGCGGUUCCGUAGUGUAGUGGUUACACGCUCGCUUCACAUGUGAGAGGCCCAAGGUUCGAGCCCU